ACGAUGUAUCCUGGAGAACAGUACAAACAACAAUACGGCUCGAAUUCCCAGCCAACUACAACACAAAGUAUACCACAGACAACAUAUUAUCAACCACCACCACCGCAAUAUCCAUAUCAACCACCACCUGACGGCUAUGGAGGUUAUCCACAACCAUAUCCACCUUCACAACCAUAUCCACCCUCACAACCAUAUCCACCCUCACAACCAUAUCAACCAUAUCCACCUUCACAAUCAUAUCCACCCUCACAACCAUAUCUCCCUCCAAUGCAACAGCAAUAUCCUCCACCCACGCAACAACAAUAUCCUCCACCCACGCAACAGCAAUACCUUCCCCCCAAACAACGGCAAUAUCCUCCUCCUCCCUAUCCCGAUCCGUAUUAUAAUAAUUCUGUGCCUUACGCGUAUCAAAAUCAAGUACCUGUAAAUUACAAUUAUUCGGGACGAAGAAGGGCUCUACUAAUCGGAAUAAAUUAUAUAAAAACCAAAUUUGAAUUAAAAGGCUGUAUUAAUGAUGUUGCUAAUAUAAAAAAAUUUUUGACCGAGAAUUAUGGAUUCCGUGAAGAAGAUAUGGUUAUAUUGACAGACAACCAGUCAGAUCCAAAGAAGAUUCCGACCAGGGCCAACAUUAUAGAAGCUAUGAAGUGGCUGGUACGAGAUGCCAGACCAAAUGAUUCUGGUCACGGCGGUCAAGUAGAAGAUGUUGAUGGAGACGAAGAUGAUGGUUACGAUGAAACAAUUUUGCCGCUUGACUUCGAAAAAGCUGGACAAAUUAUCGACGAUGAAAUGCAUGAAAUUAUGGUGAGACCACUUCCGAGAGGGGUAAGGUUGACAGCCAUUUUCGACUCGUGCCAUUCUGGAACUGCGCUUGAUUUGCCAUACAUAUAUUCAACGCAAGGAAUCAUUAAAGAACCAAAUCUUUUGGCUGAUGGAGGAAACACGCUUUUGGAUGUUGGGAAGUCAUACCUUCGGGGUGAUAUUGCAGGAAUUAAAACAAGCUUGAUGUCAUUUGGUAAGAAAGCGACGUCUGGUAAAAAAAUAAACGAGAGAAAUAGACAAAAUAAAUCAAGUGAAGCAGAUGUAAUUAUGUUUAGUGGAUGCAAAGAUGCACAAACGUCUGCAGACGCUAAUGAAGACGGCAAAAGUACCGGAGCUAUGUCAUACGCUUUUAUAAAAACAUUAACCAAAACCAAGAAUGUUACGUAUCAACAAUUAUUAGUUGGAAUCAGAGAUGUACUUGCAGGAAAAUAUGCACAAAAACCUCAACUCAGCGCAUCACAUCCAAUGAAUAUGGAUCAAAUGUUUGUGAUGUAG